CCCCUGCCAGCUCCUCCCAGAAGGCCUGGGUUGGGGGAGCAAGCUGGAGAGGAAGCUGCUCCCCUCCUGGCUCUGAACGCCUCCCGGCCAGAGACCAGGACCCAGCGGCGGCCCACAGGGUCUAGAGGAGUGCAUUGUGAUAUGGGUGGGGACAUCUUUAGUACCACUGGGAGAGUCUGUGCCCUCGGGUGUCCGAGGCCUGCAUCUGAGAAUAUGACCGUCUGGCCCUGGGCUCUCCCCACACCCCUGACUUCACCGCCUUUUAUCUUUCUUGCUCAAACGGGGGCCAGCGCGCCCAGUGGACCCAGGGAGGAGAAGGGCACGACGGCAGAAAUUCCGGUGUACACUCGCAGGAUCACCCACCUGCAGCUCCUUUUCUCUCCUCUCCCAACCCAGCUCCUCCCAGCCUUCCAAACUGAGACCCUGGAUUUGGACUCGCUCACUUUCCGGCUUUCGUCAUCCCACCCCACCGCAUGUGGCUCUUGGAGAAAGCUGGCUACAGGGUGGGGUCCGCGGAACCGGGGGCAUGGUGGGCGCCCUCCAACCUGUUCCUAAGCGAGCGGCCGCUCCGGGCCCCGCCAGCCGCGGCCUGCCCCAACGUCCUCACCCCCGACAGCAUCCCGCAGUUCUUCAUCCCGCCUCGGCUCCCGAACAGGAGGCCCCGAAGCCGCUUCCGGGCGCGAGGUCGGCGGACGAGGCCCAUCCCAGCGCCCUGCUCACUGCCGCACCUGGCAGGCCGCGAAGGCUGGGCCUUCCUGCCCGAGAGCCCGCACACUCGCCGGCGCGUCCUGUUCCACUGGCCGCCUCCCGCCCCCGCCGCGGGGCUCCCUCCCGCGCAGCCCCGGCUGCACGUGUCCGCCCCGGACCUGCGCCUCUGCCGGGCGCCCGACCGCGACACGGCCUCGGCGCCGGACUCGUCGCCCUUCGGCUCCCCGCGCCCGGGUCCCGACCGGCGCCGGCCGCCCAGGCCACACUCGCUGUCCCCCGAGGAGGCGAGCUCGGCGGACACUAGUCCGUACGCGCCGCGCCGCGCCGGGCCGCCCACGCCAUCCGCUUUCCAUCUCGACUUCCUGUGCUGCCAGCUGCGGCCGACCAAGGAGAACGUGCUGCGCCUCGCGCCCCGCGGCGGGCAGCUGCGGCUCUCCGCCGAGUAUCAGGCCGGGCCCGGGCGGCUGCGGCUGCGCCUGGUAGCGCCGAGGGCCGCCCCCAGGCCGCGGGCUGGCCCUGGGAGCGGCGGCGGCGGCUGCUGCGUAGUACUGAGGCUGCGGCCGCGAGUCCGGCCGCGGGGCCAGCGAAGCCGCGUGGUCAAGUGCAGCGCCAACCCCAUCUUCAACGAGGACUUCUUCUUCGACGGGCUGGGCCCGCCAGACCUGGCCACCCGCAGCCUGAGGGCCAAGGUGCUGGACAAGGGCGCAGGGCUCCGCAGGGACGUGCUGCUGGGGGGAGUGCGAGACUCCCCUGCUGCCCUGCUGCCCCCCUUGGGUGAGCUAGGCCCAGGAGCCUCCCUGGUGCCCAUCCAUUACAGCCUCUAG